AUGGUGCCCUACUAUGGAUGGGAGAUUCUAACACUAUUACCUGACUUCCAGAUCAAGAAUUACAUGGCAAGGAGAGAAAACUUUCAUAUGAGGAAAGUGCUAUCAUGGAGGGCUGGAGGAAUUUUAAAUGAAAAUGUUAUGUUUUCCUGGGUGAAACCUGAUGUCGGAAAAGGGGCCUUCAACAUUUGCACAAGCUGCAAAGCUAAGGAGGAUGGCAGCUGCUAA